AUGGGUGGACACCAGCGCUUCUUCCACCCGAACUGGUUUUCCCGGUACAUUUGGGGUAUCAUCGCCAGCGUGAACUUGGGCGGCUUCCUCGCGGAUCAGCAGUACGGCGUGGACCGCUCGAAGAAUCCGAACAUCAUGUGGCCCUGGUGGCACGAGAUCAUGCGCAAGAAGGAGAAGGGCGAAAUCCCAAUGGACAUGCCAGGUUACAUGCCCCUGGGCCUUGACUCCCCUGAGCAAAAUCUGCGGUCUUUUCAAGUUGUGGAUCUUUUGUUUGGGGGUUCGGGGUUCUGGGAGGAAGGAUCCGAGUACCUAUAG